AUGUCUACUCCGGAGGGUGUUUUGUUGCCAGAUGGCCGGAAAAUCGGAGACCUAAAGGUUGCUGAUCUUCGAAACCAACUAGAGAUUAGAGGUCUUAGUCGCUCAGGAGUAAAAAAAGACUUGUGCGCACGUCUAUCGGAUGCUGUAGAUGGAGAAUUGCGUCAAAUGAGAAAUGAGUCUGGAUCUGUUGCCAAGUGUGUAGAAUCAGAAGACCCCCUUGGUGGUAAUAAUAAUGUACAAAACGAAGAUACUUUAGAAAUUGAUGCAGUCGCAUCGGACGAAGAAAUUACUGAAGUAUCUACAUCUGCUGAUAUAUCUGAAGUCAACAUUGAAAUAGCUAAGUCUGAAAGUCUUUGUAAGUCGCCAUCUGUAAUCUCCGAAUCUAAACCGGAUCCUAACAACUCAGGAGUGUCGGCUGAAGUAUCGAACUUCGAGGUCACCGAUGGUACACAGGUUUCAGACCCACCUAUUUCGAUUACGACUGAUACCAAAACAGAAGUGGAAGCACAACCGGUACGUAGAAGACAGUGGGGGUCACGCUCAAUCGCGAGCACCCCAUCAUUGUCUUCAGAAUCUUUAGAGAAACUCAUACCAACUUCAUGUUGGAUACGAAGUAAAAGUACAGUGAUAGAUAAUGAAAAUGAUGAAGUUUCACACACAUCACCUGUCGCUAUUCAGGACACCGUCAGUCAUAUUGAUGAUUCAAAUGAGAAAUGUGAACCGUUUAAUGAUGAUGUUGAUGAUAAUGCGAAAGAGGAAAAUAAUGAGUUUGAUCAUAGAAUUAAAAAUAAAUUAUUCACCGAUCAUAAAAAUAAUCAUAAUAUUAAUGAAGAAAACAGUUCCGACAACAGAAUUAAAGACAAUAGUAAUAAUAAUAAUAAUCUUGAGCGUGAGCUUGAAUUAGAAGUAGAUGCAGUUGUAGAAAACAUGGAUACUUAUGAUGACAAUAAUAACCCUAUUGAAGAAAUUUCAGUUGCAUAUGAUUCUCGUACUGUUCAUUUAUCGUCAUCUGAUAUAAGCCCAAAAUUAGAUGUCAUUAUCAAGCGUGGAUGUGUUGUUAAUACUGCUUCUACUACUACAACUACUAUUAAUAUAACAACACCACCACCAAUAACUAUUGCUGCUAUGACUACAGGCAUAAAUGUUAAUUAUCCUACUAUUACACAGUCUACCAAUCAAAUGACAAAAAUAGGAGAAGGACUACAAUCGAAUUCAUGUCAUUUAACUAAAACAAAGAAAUCACCACCGCCUAAACGCAAAGGUCCCAAAGAAACAAAGGCUGUAGGCUAUUUGGUGGAACCACCAGAGCGUAUUGAACCCAUACAACCUGCUAAGCAUCCACAAACGGAUAUUGUUUAUAUUCGCUUUCUUGUACGACCAUUUACUGCUGAACAAUUGCGUCAAAUGGUUGUAACUCAUUUCGGUCCAGUUGUUGAUCUAUGGCUGGAUAAAAUCAAAUCAUCUUCACUGAUACGCCUGCAAACAGUUGAAUAUGCUGCAAAAUGUCGUGACGGAUUAGAUGGAUGUCGUUGGCCAUCAAUGAACCCACGUGUGUUACGCUGCGACUACGCAAGUACAGAUUUAUUUGAAUGGAUGAAGGUCAACGGAGAUUCUAGUGAUCUUCAACCACCGAAGCAUUUGUUACUUGGUGACGCUUCUUCAAAUACAGAGAUUUCCAUAGUGGAAGCUAAUAAAUCAGAUAAUGGUUUUACGACAUCCACAGACCAAGAAAAAAAACCUAUCGAUCUAAGACGAAAAUUAGAACGAAGCAAUCGAGACAUAGAGCAGCCUCUUUCUGUUACCAAAUCUCGACAAGGUGAAAAUAAAGCGUCUCCAAUAGUUGAAGCGAAACCUAAAAGUGAAGAACCUGCAAAGUUGUUGAACAACUUAUUUCGUAAGACAAUCGCCACUCCUUCCGUCUAUUGGCUUCCUUUAACACCUGAACAGGUUAGUCGGCGAAUAAAAAAAUCGGUUGCUGAUAAAUCGGAUGCUAAAAAAAUCACAAGCCGACAUUCCUCACAUCCAUCAGAAGAGCCAGUACAAAAAGCAACCCGUAGUCCAUUUGCUAAUUCUUCCUCGUCUUCGGCUUCUCCUCCUUCCUAUCCUUCUAGUUGUAUUCCCAAUCAAUCUCGCAGGAAUCCAACCACAGAUCGUAGCUCUAGACCAAAAAUCCCAGAUACAAAGUUGUCCUCCAACUCUAAGUCGAGUGGUGACAUUGUUAGGCAUAAUUCGACAAAAAAACCAGUAUCAGGUAAUGUAUUGUAUGACAGUAAACAUUCAGCUUCUGAACCUAAACCGAAAUCUACCAGAGAUUCAAAAGGUGAGAGUCGUGAAAUCGUAGCAGACGACAAUAAACAACAAGGUCGGUUGUCAAAACAAGAUACUUCAUCUAAUAAUCCUACUUUGUCGAAAAUUGAUAAACCAUCUGACAAUAGUCGCAAAAAAGAAUUAUCUCCAUCUACACAUACACGAAAACGCCGUUACUCAAAGACGGAUAGCGAUGAUAAAGAAGUGAUUCCUUCAAAACAGAGUCGACCGAGCUUAACGUCAUCUGGUGAUUCAUCUGUUGUAGGUGAAGCAUUGGCAGCCUAUAAGAAGAACCAUAUGGGGACACAACAUCAUCGUUCGGAACAUCGUAGACGUUCAUCCAGCAAUCGUCAUAGUUCUCCAAACCAUCGUAGUAGCAUUAAGAAUAGUUUUCCCGAAGGUUCUCGUGUCAAAGACAAGGAUUCCAUGCCACAUUCUCGUGACAGCGAUCGACGUCGUUCACGUUCAUUAAACCAAAGACAUCGUUCUCGAUCUACUGGACGUAGAGAUCGUUCCUCAUCAAAUCGUUAUCGAUCACGACGUUGA